GUCAGGGAUAGUGACGAUGCUAAAUAACGCCAUACAAUAGGCUACUAUAUAUCAGGACCCUCUGCAGUCAGUUGUAUGCCUCCUCAUGAUUUGAGCCGUGAUGAAGUUCAGUGAGACACUCCUCCUUCUCAGCCUGUCUCUACUAAGCUGUGGCUCUCGCAGGGAUCCAGAAUGUUCUAGCGUGAGCUUGUGGGGGAAGAUGGCUGACUUCACAGGGGAGUGCAGUUACUGGCAGCUGAGUCCGGACCUCUCCAUCCCUGCCCUGGAGGAGCUCAGCGUGUGUGUCCACCUCCAACGGCACAUCAGCACACCGGCCUGGACAGCCUUCAUGUACCGCCACCCUGACGGGCUACAGGCUGAGCUGGGCCUGGCGGGUCAGGAGGGCCUGGUCCACACCUGGCUGUUUGGGAUGAGGUGGUCAGCCCCCCUCCACCUCCCCCUGGGCCACUGGCACUACGUCUGUAUAACCUGGUCUGGGGCUUCUCACCAGCCAGCCCUCUACGUCAAUGGGACCAGUGUGGAUGUUACAGCCCAUGCUAACGAAUCCCCCCUGUCCCCGUCCUGCUGCAGGCUGGCCCCGCACGGCACGCUCACCCUGGGUGUCUCCCACUACUUCAUCCAAGGGGAGAUGCAUGUGGAAAACGGUACCAACCUCAAUGGGAGUGUUUCUCUGUUCCGCGUGUGGGGGCAGGCACGCACCCCUGAACAGGUGUCGGACCUGAGCUGCACAGAGGGGGAUGAGGUGCGCUGGGAUGCUGUUGACUGGCUUACCCAGAGCUGCCCUCCAGUCCCAGACUCCCAUCUACAGUGUGCCUGGUCUUUGUACGAACUUAAAGUCAAGAUCGCCAUCAUCUGCUAUGAUGGAAACAGUACAGACGUAUACAAAGCCAGAGACCUUGCACAGAAAUGGCUCAGACACAUAUUACCAUCCAACAAAUAUCAUUUGUACAGAGUCUCUGUGUCAACCAGUGUCGGUGAGACAUAUGAGGACGGGGCCCAUGACACACCAAUAUUGCGGGCUGAAUUUGAUGCAAACCGCUUUGACUGCCUGGUCCACCUCAACGUGAUCCCCAGCUCUGAUGUCAGUACAGUGCAGAAACAGGUCUCUCAGUUGCUGAACACACCUCACAACGUCGGAUAUCUCACGCUAAUGGCUAACCCCAAGAGCAUCCAAGUGAACCCUGUAGAGGACUUCCCCCCUGCCACAGUCAAUCCUCCCAUUGUCAUUGCCACUGGAACCUCUUCUGACACAACCACAGACCUUAUUGUCACGACUGGUGGCGAACUCUCAGACAUAUAUUUUGAAGUUGAUGUGAACGUGACCCUUACUGGGAUCUGUAUCCAUCCGGAACUGACAAUCAUUACCUGGCUGCAUGUCACUCUACCUGAUGAGAUGUCUGUUCUGACCUUCCAGCUUUUGGGAAAGGCAUACAGACACGCCUGUCGAUUCCAGAUGCGGGUGACAACGUCAUCAAGUCAAGAGGAGACAAGGACACGGAUCCGUACCCUCCUGGAGAGGACAUACACCAAUGGCACUAUAACCAUGGAAAACAAGUCCAACGACAUUCACAUCCGACAUAUACCGCCAGGGAGUUGUCCUGAGCACCGACACCAGACCAGACAGGGCCUGUUUGUGUGGCCAGGCACCUGGGCCCCCCGGACUGCCACGCUGCCAUGUCAGGGAGACACCAGCAAGACAGCUAGCAGGGUCUGUCUGUUGGGUUUUCCAAUCCAUUGGGGCAUCCCAGAUCUGCACCAGUGCCCGUUUGUGGUUGAGACCAUUCCAGACUUAGACAACAUUGAUGUCACUCCUGAGAAUGCUAUGGAUGUGGUGGAGAUGAUAGAGGGCCUGCUGAAAGACCAUCCAGACCUCAAUUGCACUGAACUGAGCACCAUUCUGAAGAAACUCAAAAACAUUGUUUUCAUCAGCUGUAUGACCCCACCUCUGGGCGAAGCUAUCAUCAACAUCAUCUCAGACAUCUUGGAGUCUAAGAGCUACCUGCAGCAUGUCACCAACCAAAUACUGGACAUUACAGAGAUGGUUGGCGACAAGAUGUCUUGUUUUGACCAGACAAAUUACACUUUGGUUGCUUCUGCGAUGGCAAUCUCCGUGGUGGACGUAGACCUGGGCCAGUUUCAGGUCCUCACUUUUGGCGUCUCGUCUGCUGCAGAGGGCCUAAGCCCCGAGAUUUAUAUCAACAAGGAUCCGUUCAAAGGGACUGUUGCAUUCAUCUCCCUACCCUCGGCCUUGAAGUACAGAUUUCCUCAACACAGUGGAGCCCAGCCGCGGGUUCAGUUUCAGUUUUAUGGAGUCCCAACUCUCUUCAUGAACAACCCGGAUGGGAAGAUCCUGAACACUUACGUGGUCUCAGCCAGUGUCACCAAUGCCAGUGGCCCCAUCGAGGACCUGGAGGAGGAUGUAGAGGUGACACUACAUCACUUGGCGUCCAAUCCACUUGGCAAGGAGGUGCAGUGUGUCUACUGGGACUUCAAUCAAAAUGAAGGAAGGGGAGGAUGGGAACAGCAUGGAUGCAGGAAGCACAACACCAGUGCUGACUAUACCACAUGCCUGUGUGACCACCUCACUCAUUUUGGAGUACUUCUGGAUGUAUCCAGGACUCAAAUCGACAUACCAAAUGAGGAAAUUCUGACCAUCAUCACUCAUCUGGGCUGCGGUGUGUCCUCCGUCUUCCUGGGAAUCACUGUGUUGACAUACACAGCAUUUGAGAAGCUCCGCAGAGACUACCCAUCCAAGAUCCUCAUUAACUUGUCUCUGGCGCUGCUGGGACUCAACAUGGUUUUCCUGGUCAACUCCUGGCUCUCCUCCUUUGGCAGCUAUGGGCUUUGUGUGGCGGUGGCUUCCGCACUGCACUAUUUCCUACUGGCCUCUUUCACCUGGAUGGGCCUGGAGGCUGUGCACAUGUACUUUGCCUUGGUCAAAGUCUUCAAUGUUUAUGUGCCCUCAUACAUCCUCAAGUUCUGCUCCCUAGGAUGGGGAAUCCCUCUGGCUAUAUGCUGCGUAGUUCUGGUUGUGAAGAGAGAGUCCUACGGCAGCUCCCUCGGCAGUGAGUCCAUGGAACCACUAGAUAACUCCGAGGCGUUCUGCUGGAUCCAGGAUGAAGUGGCUUUCUAUGUGUCUGUGGUGGGCUACAUUCUGCUAGUGAUGCUGUGCAACAUGGCUAUCUUCGUGGUGGUCCUGGUCCAGAUCCGCCACAUGCGGGUCAAUCAGCCGGCUGGCAUCCACAGCGGCCUCCUUCUGCAGGACCUGAAGGGGGUUUCCAGUCUCACCUUCCUGCUGGGUCUCACCUGGACUGUGGCUUUCUUCGCCUGGGGGCCAGCCAAGGUUCCCUUCCUCUACCUCUUCUGUGUCCUCAACAGUCUGCAAGGGUUCUUUAUAUUUCUGUUCCAUUGUCUGAUGAAGGAGAAUGUGAGAAAACAAUGGAGAAUCCAUUUGUGCUUUGGCCGCUUCAGACUCCAAGACUACUCUGAGUGGAGCCAGACUUUUAUAGUUGGUGCCAAAUCCAGACCUAACCCUCUGGUGCGCAUGCCCUCAGUGAGGUCCAUCAAGUCCAGUGCCACAGAAAGCACCUCGGCCUCCUCCGACUCCAGUCAACGACAGGUCUCCAUCAGAAGACCUAACUUGAACCUUGUGUAUGAGAAUAACUUGGCACUACCACUUGUCCAACGCAACUCCACUCCUCUACCUCACAAGAGUGCCUCUUUCCCAGAGGAGGGGCACUGUGAGGGGCCCUUUUGGCAAGACGGAUCUCACCCAAGACAUCGGCUACCCAUUCCUUAAGACCUUUGAAAUACGGCAAGGAGGAACACCUUAAUUUGUGCUAAAUGAAUGAAUAGAGAAUCAAAGAUUGUAUCUUGUGCAAUCUGAAAUAUCAGACAAGGCUUGGUUCUGUGUAACAUGGCAGCUUUCGCUUUGACUCAAUCUGGGACAUGAAUGCACAUGUAUGAUAAAGCAACAUUUAGGACAUAAUAUGAAUGAUGUCCUGUCCAUCUUCACUGAUCUAUUUAUUGUAAUGAAGCUGUGACAAAUUAGACUAGUAUGCAUGUGUGCAAAACGGACAAUAAAUGACAUUGGCUGCAA